AUGUCUUACCAACCCAAUCAGUAUCAACCCAACGCAGGCGAACCAGCCCGAGCAUCCCAUCGACCCCUGAACAAGUGGUGGCCCAUCGGCUUCGCCAUUGCAUCGGUGCUCCUGUACGCCAUCGGAGGAGGCCUCUACGGCUCAUCGUGCUCCACGGAUGGCUAUUACUACUACUGCAGCUACGGUCAAUGGAGUGGUGGCAUCGCGCUGCUCUCCCUCGGAGGCAUCACCUCGACCGUGGCCGUCAUCCUCCUCAUCAUCUAUCUCAUCCGCCGCCGCAACCCAGCUCCGUACAACUCCGGAACCCGUAUGCUCGAUCAGAGUCAGUUUGCUCAACCACCACCAGUGGCGGCCAACGUCCAGGCUCCUGCUGCAACCUAUCCGCAAUACGCAGCUUCGAAGCCUGAGGCAGAUAUCCGCGAAUUACCCGUGAAUGGAGGAAAGUUCUGUGGUCGUUGUGGUACUGCGGUUCUGUCUGCCUUUUGUCCCAAGUGUGGUGCUCAGGCCUAG